AUGAAGAAGUUAAUGGGCUUCAAUUUUCCGGGAGAUUUCAACCUCACCAACUCACCAAUACGUCUAGAGUCUAAUCAACAAAUCAUCACGGAUUUGAGUGAUUUAGUAUCAUCGAGUCCAUUGGAUAAUGAUAAUUUGUUGUUGUUUGUCGAGUUGCUGGUGAAUAGAUUUGACUGGAUAGGAGCUGAUUUGGAAGACAUUGACAAAUGUAAGAACGUAGUGUUGGACCUGGUAUCACUGGACGGAAGUUGCGUAGACUGGCUCGUAAAACGUCUAAUAACAAACUUUAAAUCAAGUAAUAAGAAACACUUGAAGGUUGAUUUGUGUUCCCGUGAAUUCGAGAGCAUACAUGAGCUUAAGAAACACGUGAGAACGAUUUUGACCACAAGUAAAGAUGAUGAGGAACUGAAAGGAGAUAACCAUAAACUAUUAUAUGAGUUGUUGGGAUAUCACUCAAGUGUUCAACUGAAGGAACGAGUGGUUGCAAUAUUCCCGUCGACACAUAAAAACCCGGCGUUCAAAGGUCUACGAUGUUUCUUUUACAGAGAUAAAAGUGGUUCAGUUGAUUUUUUCAGUUACGCACGCUGUUGUGACAAUGUCAAGACAAGAGGUCAAAUUUUACGGGAACACCUAUGUGACUUGUUGGUUGAUAUUUGCAAAUUAAGCCCGAGCACCUUGGGCUCAAUUUCUGAUACUCUGGACAUACUUUACCCACAUCAUAAUGUGCAAAUUGAACAUCACAUUUCAUUCACAAAGGCGAUGCUAUAUAUAGCCAACCGGCUACCAAUGAUCAGAACCUCACUUUACAGAAUUUUGAUAAAUAAGUUGACGGUAAUUGAUUCUGAGAUCAGACUCGCAGAUCCCAACGUAGUUGACGUGGAGAAAGUUGAGAAUCUACGUUCAGAAAAGCUAAAGGAGCUGGCAAAUCAACUUCUAAAAGGUCAAUCUAACUCAACUCAAUUUAAAAAAACAGAAGACCCGAAUUGGUUUAGAGACAUUUAUGAUAAGCUCAGGACAGAGGAGGACUGUGAUGACAUGUCACAGAAACUUGAUUUCCUCAUGGCACUAGUGUUUGAGGACCUUCACUUGUUACUGAACAUGUGCAAUAAAUAUACCUCAGCCAGUAUAAACAAUACCAACAGUACAGGAAUAAGCAAUCCCAAAAACAACUUACAACAACAGCCCAUGCAAAUUAAUGGUACAUUCAAGUCUAAAAAUUCUCAAGAUAGUUUCCUAGUGACACUCGACACACAAUCCGGGUCAUCACAACACAACAUUACACGUAAUCUAUCAUUAAUAUUAGUUACCAGUAGUUAA